AUGAAAAUUACAACAAUUUUGAUAUUACUUAUGUUAUUCGUGGUUCAAUUUGGAAAUGCAAAUCUCGUAGCAUUAUCAAAAGACAAUAAUAUAAAUUGUGAACCAAUAGCAUGUAAAUCAACGAAAAGUGAAUUAUUAGGAGAGAAGGAGAAGAAGAAAAAACCCCUGACAAAACCAUCACAGAUUGAUCAAACUACUCAAUAUCUAUCAAAAGAUAAACGUUGGUUAAACAUUAUAUUAGGAGUAUUAAGUGCUCUAUUUAAAUAA